ACUCUCUUCCAGGUUCAAGAUUAUUGCAAGCCAAUAUUUUGCUUUUUCGGCUAGUCUUGUGCUGCAGACCCUGUUUACAGCUGCAAAUCAGCUGCAACUUGCGUUCAAUCGCAAGCCGUUUUCUUGCAACGCAAAUUGGCGAUUGAUUGCUAGUUGCAGUUGAUCGGAAUCGGCUGCAAAGUUGCAGUCGAUUUGCAAUCAAUCGCAACGUAACUUUCUUGCAACACCCCAUUAGUCUGAGUUUUCGCCUUAUUGUUGCCAUAUCAUAGGUUAAAAAGUACACUGGAACAUGGCAGAUGAAUCUGGAGAUAAGAAUGCAGAAAAUAACAAAAAUUCUUCAUUGCAUGGAACCCGUAUCACUCCACAGCUCCUGAAGGCACAGAGCGGAGAGUUUGAGGUGGAUAGUAUAUUUAGCCUCAACCUCAGACAACAAGAUGUUGAUGAUCUUGGAGCUAUUGGAUCAUGUUCAUGCCUUCAGCGACUGGACAUAAGUAGGAAUGAUUUAACAAGUCUAAAGACCCUGACUCCUCUUAAACAACUAGUCUAUUUAAAUGUAGCUGCCAACAGAAUAUCAAGUCUUGAGCCUUUGAAGGAGAUGGAGAAUUUACGAAGUUUAAAUGCUGCUGGGAAUCUCAUUUCAAGUUUUGAAUCAGUGUAUGCCCUAUCAAAUCUGCUGAACCUUGAAGACAUGCGAUUCCAGGACACCUUGCAAGAAUGGAGCAAUCCCAUCUGUAACAGCACAACCUAUAGGUCAACAAUGAUGUCUCACUUCUGCCACUUGAAAGCUUUGGAUGGAGAGAGAUUGUGUGGGAAAGGAAGUGAAGUCUUUACAGCUCUCAGACAGCUCGAUAGAGAAUUAGCAAAGUGUGAUGAACAUUCAGGAGAUCAUGUGAAGAAAAAAUCCUCAGGUUCUUGGAUGGAGAAAGGAUUCAGGGAUACGUGCCCUGAGCAGAAGAAAGAGAUUGAUGAUACCGAGAAAUUGAUCAAAGAAAUGCUUCUUGACUGCAGGACGUUGAGCAAUGUGGCACUUCAUAAAAUACAGCAGACGUGACAGGAUGAGAAAUGAUUCUCAGCCCUAAACAGGACAGGACAAUCAGGAGCUCUAGAUGUACACGUAUCAUCCAUCGCCUCUCAACAUGUUAACGAAAUCAGACAGGAGUUGGAUGGCUUACAAGUGUGGAUCCAGUCUUUUAUGGGAUGUGAAUUUUUCAACAACAAACAUUGGCCCCCAAAAAGGUCAUCAAUCUAAAUGAAGGACAUUCCAUCGCCUGAAGAAAAGAGCAUCGCUCAUUUUACAGGGUGAGCCUGCACCUUCUGCCACCCCCCCCCCCCCCCCCUGGAUCCACGCCUGGCUUUCUAGACAAAUGCACAAAAAAAUUCAGUUUAUCCUAUCCCGAUGUUCCGAGACGGUUCACAGAUUAAGUUAGGAGAAGAACCAUAUUUUGUCAUGAUAUACAAUCACAGGGUAAGGUCCUGAUAAUGGAGAUGUUAUUAUCCUCAUUGUAGGUCCAAACAUUGUGAGGGCCUCGCACAGUUACUGACUCAAAUACUUCCCAAGGAGAGGAGGGUGUGAUUACAUUGUAUGUGCCCAAUGUUUUAGUGGACCACCAAAUCAGUUACUUUUAAACCAUUUUUGAAAUUAUCUUUAAGGGUUUCCAACCCAAAUAAAAAGUUUUUAGCAAAAAAAUAAAAAAAAUCAGACAAGUAGAUAAGUGAAAGUUUGAACAAAAUCAGACAAACAUUAAGAUAUUUAUUAAGAUUUUUUUUUUUUAGUUGUAAAAAUACCUUAUGGAGACUUUGAAUUCAUAGGUGAUGCCAUAGUGAUGUGAGGCAACGGCUACUCUUCCCAUUUAUUCCAGUACAUGAAAUGGCUAAGAUGACAUUUUCCCAAUACUUUUACUUCAAAUUAUAUUUUAAGUAUUAUGAGGACAUAAAACAAUAUUCUGCCUGUGUUAUAUUUUGAUUACUGCCCCAGGAGAAUUGGUACUAAAGAGAAAAUCACAAAUCCCUGAUAAUAAAGUAAAUACCAGUGGGAAAGUUGUCCUUAUCACUUGUCAUAAUUACUUAUCUAGCUGCCAAUUUCAAAUUUUAUCAUUCUUUAUAGGGAUCUCAAUUUUAAUACAGUCACAACUUUCUUACUGCUUGUACGAUUUCUUUAAAACUUUCACCAUUCUGUUUUACUUAUUUUUCUCCCCUCUCACACAACAUUUUAUGACCAAAGUUGGAUUCUCCUUUAACAAUAAUUGAAGAAAAUAAUGCCUUUAUUGUCUUGCUUUGUAGUAUUGUGCUUAGAAUCUGAGAAAAGAGGUGUAUCAAAGGAUUGGAUUAUAUUGACUUUACAGAUUGCUCUCAUACUAUCAUCCAUUGCCAGUCAGUCAAGUCAUAUUACUCUUUAUAAAUCCUUUAGUUGGGGUAGUGCAUUACCAAAUUUUUAAGAUGAUCAGUAAUUAAUGCUUUCAUAUUUGUAUUUUAAUUGUUUUAUUUCUACAGAAAUUAGUUUUUAAUAUACAUGUAGAUGACUUACAUGUAUUAUCAUGUACAAAUUAUAUAAUUACAUGAACUCCACUAAAGCCUUGUUUACUUUGAAUCAGAUUCAAUUUGAUUAAAUUGUUUUACUUCAUAAUAUCUGAAAUGUCCCCUCAUUGAAUUUUGAAUAUAUUAUCCUUUUAAUUACUUUUUAUAUGAUCAAAAUAUAUUUAUAUUUAAUUUAUUAAAAAAUGACUUUGGAAUAGUCUGUAUAUACAAGAUACUUAAUUUAUUGCAUAUUAUGAAGGGCAAGUGUAAUCAAUCAUGUUGUUGAUGAUUAUGUCAUUUAUUUUUGCAACAUGGUGAUUAUUGAAUGGCUCCCUCUUCAGUUAUAAUGCCUGUUAAGAAAAUAGUACAUUUCACUUCAUUGCAGUGUUUGCUGUGUAUUUGCGUAGAUGAUGUGUGUAUUUCAAGCAAUUUCUUAUCUUUCAAUAUUUAUUGAAUGAGCAAUGAUGAUUUGGUAUUAGGCCCUUUGUUCACAUGGAAAGAGACCGAGGUAGCUUGUAGAAUUAUGUUUUAUUACAACAAUUUUCCUGAAUUUUUUUUUUUUCAAACUCGAUCAUUGUUCCCUCCCAAGAAUUGUUAUCAGGAAAUUGGUUUUUAUAGAAGGCUGGUCUGGAACUUAAGGUUCAAUAUUUUUAUUUUUUUGGCAAGGCUAGAAAAGUACACUGUACAAGUUAUUUUGGACUUAACCUUUGGCUUACGGGAUUGUAGAUUGACAAGUUUGGGUAAAAUCAUGCUUAUGUAGAAGAUUUUUUGUAAUAGAUUUUUCAGAUUGCAUGUUGGUUUCAGAGAUGUGAACGCAACUUGUUUGUCUUAUGUACAGCUUUCAGGGAAAUCCUUGCUUUGAUUCACCUAGAAAUGUUGUUAUGGUUAACAUCAAUGAGUAGAAACUUAUUGUUUAUUACAAACUAUAGGAAAUAAUGCCGUCAUAAUUAUUUGUUGUAAUGUUUGUUGAUUGAAUCUUUUUUUUUUUAACUCCAGGUCUACUAUCAGCAAUCAGCAUUUGAGUUAAUAAUAGCUUGGUUGUAAGAGUUUGUUAAUUUCAUGAUUGAAUUUUUUUCAGAAUGAUGCAAAUUUAAUAAAAUCUUUGUUUCAUAUUAUUCUUAGAUUUGGUGCAGAAGUUGGUUACUAGGAUGCAAUUUUAAAAUUUCAGUCAUCCUUUGAUAAUCAUGAUUUUCCUUGGAUUACUAUUUUCUUUUUGCAGUCUUUUGAAAAUGUGUGUUUAAACAUGAUUAAUGAUGUGCUUAUUUUUUAGUUUGAUUCAACAUUCCAUUCAAUAUGAAAGUGAGUAUGUUAUAUGUUUAUUUGUUAUAUGUUAUGAAAAUCUUGCCUUCAAGAUGAAAUAGCCUUUCCCUUGUUUGUUGGACAAUCUAAAUGUCUCAUUCCAGUGAUUAAAAAAAAUGAUAUUGUGAUUUUUGUGUCUGAAAUCAAAUGCAUUUUAAAAAUAAAUUUGUUAUAUUUUCCAUGUGAA